CACGUCCUGCCCGCCCGCCCGGUGCGCGCAGCCCCGCGCCCCCAGCGCCGCUCGCAGGGGGGCCUGGAGCACCAUCCAUUGUGGAGCAAAGAGAUGCUUGGAGGCCGAGCUGGAGCUGGUUUCUAAGAUGGAGGGGCAGGAUGCAGCCGGCUCCCGGGCAGAAAAAGGCCCUCCUAUGAUCCAGGCUGGGAGCAGCAGCAAGUUUUGGGAAAGAACCAUGCAGAAGAUCCUGGAUGAGGACAAGACCGACUCGGAUGCACAGCGCCAGAACUUCCGGGGGUUCUGCUACCUGGAGGCCAAGGGGCCCCGGGAGGUGUGCAGUCGGCUGCAUGACGUUUGCUAUCAGUGGCUGCAGCCGGACAUACGCACCAAGACCGAGAUCCUGGACCUGGUGAUCCUGGAGCAGUUCCUGGCCAUCCUGCCAGCGGAGAUGGCGAACUGGGUGAGGGAGUGCGGAGCGGAGACCAGUUCCCAGGCGGUGGCCCUGGCGGAGGGCUUCCUCCUGAGCCAGGCCGAGGACAGGAGGCAGGAGGAGCCACAGAUGUCUUUAGCCAAAGGACCCGCGGACGUCCCUGAAGCAGAGAGCUCUCUCUCAGACACGACCCAGAAGCUGCUGUUCAGGUGGAUCGUACAGGAGGGUGACCAAAUUGCUGCCUCUCCAGGAAAUGGAAUGACACUUGGAGAAAGUGAUACGAAACGCUGGGUUCCUUCCAGGCCACCUUCUCUUGACAGUGGAGUGGAGGCAACUUGUGUGCAACCGGAACAGGACCAGGUGACCUUUGAAGAGGUUCUGGUGGAUUUCACGGAGGAGGAGUGGGCUCUGCUGGAUCCAGACCAGAGGGCUCUGCACAGAGAAGUCAUGGAGGAGAACUGCAGAAACCUGGCCUCUCUAGAUGAUCUGAAGAAGAGCAAUAAAAUGAGUGAACAACAGCAGAGGAAGACAGAAGAAAAACAGAAAAACAAUUCCAUUGUUUUUGAAAGG